UUUCACCUAAACUUCACGAGAAGUCAGUCAGACUCUAAAGUCUAAAGUCUUAAAGCAACCUGAAAAGCUAUGAAGAUACGACUGUGUGACAAUAUGUGGUUGGUUCUGGUUCUGAUUCUGAUUGUGGUUCAGAUGAAUUGGGUUUACUCUCAGCAUCCUCAGUGGCCGGUUCACACAGUCUGUGACACUGAAAGAAUCACGGUGACCUACAGGAGCUGCGACCCCUUACAGGAUGUAGGUUUCACUUUCCUGCCUUGCCCUGAGAGAUUGACCGAUCCUAUAAAAAUCAGAUUGGCCUUGAUUCUGAGGCAGCCCAUCAGUGAGCUUUAUUCAUCAUAUGAGCUGUGGCUGCGUGGUCAAAGUAAUCCUCUCUUGAAGCAGGGCGAGCCCCUCUGUCUUCCUCAUUUCCCUCGUUUUAAGUUUUGUGGAAGCAGGAGAGGAGAAAUCAUCACCGUUGAGUCAUCUUUUAGGUCAAAAAUAGAUAUCCCUCUCAAGGCCAAUUUUGAUUUUAAACUACAUGCAACAAAUCAAGAUGGCUUCCUGAUUGCCUGUGUGAAUGCAACUCUCAGCUUUCGUGGAUCCUUUAAGACCUGAGGACCUGUAACAUGUACUACGUUAUGUUAUUAUAUUACAUAGUGUUGAACUUGAUGUUUUUCUACUGCAUUUGAGAGACUGUGUUUCUUCAGUUGUAGGAACUGUACUGAGU